CAGGCUGGGCUCACCAUGGUGCCGGGUGCCAUCCUGGCACGAGGGAGGGAUGUUUGUAAGCGGAACGGACUGCUCAUCCUGUCUGUGCUGUCGGUCACCGUGGGCUGCCUCCUCGGCUUCUUCCUGAGGACCCAGCGCCUCUCACCACAGGAAAUUAGUUACUUCCAGUUUCCUGGGGAGCUCCUGAUGAGGAUGUUGAAGAUGCUGAUCCUACCGCUGGUGGUCUCCAGCUUGAUAUCCGGCCUCGCCUCUCUGGAUGCCAAGACCUCCAGCCGCUUGGGCAUCCUCACGGUGGCAUACUACCUGUGGACCACCUUCGUGGCAGUCAUCGUGGGCAUCGUCAUGGUCUCCAUCAUCCACCCGGGCGGGGCGGCCCAGAAGGAAGAGACGGAGCAGAGUGGGAAGCCCAUCAUGAGCUCAGCCGACGCCCUCCUGGACCUCAUCCGGCAGAGGGAAGAAAGCUGGAGGAAGGCACCCAAAGGUCCUGGCUGAGUGGGCACCUUUUCAAGAGUUUUGCAGAGAACGCCUCCUAGUGACUCCCGCUUGCAUCUCAUUGGCCACGCCUUUAGCAAGAGAGGCUGGGAACCAGGGUGGGAUGGCAGGGCCCCGUGGGUCCCCACAUCCCAGGGCUUCUGUGAGUAAGCCAGGAGAGAGACGGAGACUGGUUAGGCAACUAGCCAGCCCUGCCACAGCACGCACGCGGACGUAUUCUCACUUUAAAGGAGGUUGUUAAGAAACGUGCAUGCUGGGUAUGUUCCAUUAGGUUUCUUACGGUCUUUCGGAUGUGCUAGUUCCUACACAGGCUGAAGCAGCCUUCCCUCUAAGCUCCCUGAGGAACCAACCACCUCAGAAGUCACUGGAGCCUCCUGGAGCUGGACCCGGGAGAGCCUCUUGGACUGUUAGCGGUCAGCACAGCGGGGCAUCCUCCGCCUGGUGGCGAGCACCGGGGCUGGUGGACCGUGGCGCUCGGGCGGGCUGUGUGCCCGGGGCGUACUCGGGUCCGCUUGCUGUCAAAAGCCCUUGCAGGCAGCUACGAUGGCAGGAAUUCUGACGGCAGGAAUCUGCUCAUAAUUCAUUGGGAAAAAUCCUGCCUCGAGCUUCUGAGAGCUCAGUUCCUGGCUCUGCCUCUUCUCUCCCUUGUGAUGAAGCUGAACUCGGAGGGAACAGCCACGACCAUCCUCUCGGUUUCUGCCUCGGUAGCUCAUUCU